UCUCCCAAACAGAAAAAUUAGCAGCCCUCACAUCGCAAUCCAGUUUGCUUUGCAAGUCGCUGCCGACAGCCGGCUGCUACACCUACAGAGAUCCUUCAUUCAUUCCCGUCUAAGAGGGAGAAAGAGAUAUAUAUCUCUAGAGAUGAAGGGCGGACUCAUCUUCCACAGCAACUCUCAUGUCCUUCCUACAGUUCCCUUGUUCAACUCCACUCGCAUUUCCAACUCCAAGGCACUUCACAAACGUUGGCGGAUAUGUGCAGCGCUCGAAAUCAGGGUGUGCGUGAACAGGACUUGCAGGAGGCAGGGCUCCAUGGAAACCCUGGAAACUCUCUCCGGUAUUGCCCCGCCCUCUGUCACCGUCAAGUCCUGCGGCUGUCUUGGUCGCUGCGGCGCUGGUCCCAAUCUCGUCGCUCUGCCGGCCGGCGUCAUCGUGGGCCAUUGUGGCACUGCUGCUCAAGCUGCCGAAAUUAUGGUGGAUUUAUGCGACGGUGGCGGCGCUGGUGCCAUGGAUUCUUCUUCGAACAGUUUGGCUGCACUGGCGUUGAGGAAGAGGGCCGAGGAUGAGUUGCACAAGGGUAAUUUAUCGGAAGCAGAGCUUUUGCUCUCGCAGGCUAUAGAUCGUAAACCACAUGGAGGUAUCCAUUUUAUAUAUAAGCACAGGUCUUCUGUAAGGUUGGCGAUGGGCAACUACUCUGGGGCUCUAGAAGAUGCUAAAGAAGCUUUGGCACUGGCUCCUCAAUAUCCUGAGGCUUAUAUUUGCCAAGGUGAUGCUUUUUUGGCUAUGGAUCAGUUUGAUGCAGCUGAGAAGUCAUAUUCAGCUUCUUUACAAAUAGAUCCUUCUAUUCGUCGUUCCAAAUCUUUUAAGAUUCGGAUCUCAAAGCUUCAAGAAAAGCUCACUGCUGCACAUGCAUGAAUGGAUUAUAUUUGGGAUGGAGAUACGGCAAAAUCUUGGCUGUUUCAGACUCACCAAGGAUGUCGCCAACGUGGAAUUCUUUUCCUUGAGCCCAGUUACUGGAAUUGAUGAAGAGCGUCCAUCCAUAACUGUCUCCAACUGUGUAGGUUGCUCCGUUCACGUUGCGGGUGCCGAAGGAAGCAAGCAGGAAAAGGUAGAAUAUGAUCAUUCUGGGAGUAUUCAUGGGCUCAGAGAAAUUUGCAUUCUUGAAUGCUGGUAAUGUGCAAUAUGCUUUACUGAUAAAUGACUAGUGCUGCUCACGGGAGCAUCAUUUGACAUGGGUAGGAAGCUCACUAACAUUGUGCUGUUAAAGGUGCUCAGGGGAUCAUGUAAAUUAUGUCAAACAAAUCAUUUACAUCAUGUUAGACAACUACUAUUAAUGGAAAUGAGUUCUGUUUUUCCAA